CAUUGUUCCGUCACCUCCAGGCACCAUGGACGAGCUGGACCAGUCACCCCUGGUCUCCUCCUCCACCGGCCCGGCGCGGCCGCAGCAGCCCCAGUUUAAUUAUCAGUUCGUGCUCGACGACGAGAAGGAGGAGGAGGAAGAAGAGGAGGAAGAGGAGGACGAAGACUUCGACGAGCAGCUGGAGGUGAUGGAGAGGAAACCCGCCGCGGCUCCCGUUCCUACCGCAGCCCUGCAGGAGCGGCCACCGCAGCUGCUGGACCUCGGUGGCCCCGCUGAGCUGCCGCGCCCUGCCGCUCCGGAGCCACCGCAAUCCGGCUGGAGUCCCCCGGGAGCCGUGUCCUCCUCCUCCUCGGCCACCACACCGUCCCCCGCGCGGGAGCAGCCUUCGGCCCCCAUCCGGCCCUCUCAGCCCCAGCCGCCCGAGCCUGCCGCCCUUGCCCCUCGGAAAAGAGGAUCAUCCUCCGGAUCGGCUGAUGAGACCCUUUUUGCUCUUCCUGCUACAUCUGCGCCUCUGAUGCACUCCUCUGCAGAAAAAGUUAUGGACUUGCAGGAGCAGCCAGGUAGCACUAAGUCGCUUGAUCAAGAGGAUUUUACUGCAGUCCCGCUUGAUACUGCUCCUUCUCUUCCCUCCUCCUCUAUCUCAGCUGAUCCCUUUAAAGAGCAUGCAGCCUUUGAUACACUCUCAGAUGAAUUACAUGCAAGAGGCAUUUACAAAGAAAAUGCAAGUGAGAUUUAUAAAGAAACUAUGGAAAAUUCAAGAAACCCAUUUCUUGCAGAGAGAAAUGAAAAAGACAUUUCAGAAGUUAAAUACUCAGAACCUCCAUUUGCUACAGCAGAAGCAGCCAUUUUAUCUCAAAUGAAGGAAGAAACACAGCUAGAGGGCCCUAAAGAAUUAUGUAAUCUGGAGAAAAUGCCUGCAGAGCAGCUCAGAAUCUCUCCAGAAACUCCUCAAGGUUUGUUUGAGAAAGAUGAGGAAGAUCUCUUUUGCAAUAGAGGUGAUGGUCCUGGUGAAAAAGGGACAUUAAAAGAAGAUCCUUUUAGGAGGGAAGAAUAUGCAGAUUUCAAACCAUUUGAGCCAAUAUGGGAAGUAAAAGAUGCUAGUCAUGGACUGAGCAACAUGAAAGAGGGUGCUGGAAGUAAGAUAGAUGCCAAACUAGAAAGCAGUUUAGAUGAGAAAUACGGUGUAGAUAUGCUGAAUGUGCAGAAGGAUUGUGAAAGAGAGAGUGAAGGCAGCACUGAAGAUUGUUCUUUCCCAAGUACCCCCGAAGCUGUAGAAGAACCUUCGCAGACUUACAUCACUUGUACUAAAUUUGAAUCCUCCCUGAGUCCUGAUGCUAACAAAGUCAAAUCCCUUUCUCCACUAGAGGAAGGCACUUCAGAAAAUAGAACCGAUGAUGAGAAAAAAAUUGCAGAAAUAAAAGCUCAGAUGAGCACAGAACAAGGUGAUUUUAGCACUCAAGCAGUUGGCAAGCAGGAAGGCCAGGAAGCUGACUAUGCUAAAAUGGAGAGUUCAUCAACAUUGCCAUCUGACACUGCAGCAAAUAUGCCUGAAGGUCUUACUCCUGAUCUAGUACAAGAAGCAUAUGAAAGUGAAAUGCAUGAUGUGGCAUGCACAAAGCUUGCUUAUGAAACAAAGAUUGAUUUAGUUCAAACUUCUGAGUCAGUACAAGAGACUCUGAAACCUGUGACACAAAUCUGUCCCUCAUUUGAAGGGUCAGAAGCUGCUCCAUCACCAAUAUUGCCAGAUAUUGUUAUGGAAGCCCCACUGAGUGCUGGGACCACUGGUGCCGAAGCAUCUGCUGUGCAGAUCGUAGCUUCCCCACUAGAAACAUUUAUUCCUACUGCUAAUUAUGAGAAUGUAAAAGAAGAGACUGAAAAACCUCCCUUAUACCAAGAGGCAGUGAAUGUACCGCUCACACAGGCCCAAGAAGCAAAAGAGGCAUUAGCAUUUAAAAAGCCUGAUCAUGAAACUAGCUCCAGUCCUGAAGAUCUAGAGACUCCAUAUAUAUCUAUUGCAUGUGACUUAAUAAAAGAAACAAAAGUCUUGGGUGAAUCUGUUUCUCCAUCCUUUACAAAUUAUUCAAAAACACUGGUAACAGAAUCCAUUUCUCAGGAUGUGCCUGAACAUGAGGAACUUGAUGAAAAACCAUCUCCACAGUUUGGAACAUCUGACCUGUUUAAUAGCCAGGUGAUACCUGACUUUACUGAGAAAGUGAGUGAAGAUCUCUCCCUCACCUUAAAAAGUAAACCAACUGAAAAUACUCUAACUGAUGAUGAACAAGAGGAGCAGCUGGUGGAUUCAGUAGCUGCCAUGGGCAAGCCUUAUCUGGAGUCUUUCCAACCUGAAUUGGACUCUUCCAAGAUUGUUGCUGCUCUGCUACCUGAGCCAACACCUACAAAAAUAGUCAAGGAACAGAAGAUUUCUCUUCAAAUGGAAGAGCUGAAUGCUAUGGCUUAUUCAUCUGAUGUAUCUGUUGCUAGGGAGCCAAAACCAGGAGGCAAUAAAGAACCCUCACCCAUGGAGUUUUCCCCAGUCCCCGUGGAAGAAGACUUCUUGGUGCUAGCUCACCCCAAAACCACUCCUGAGUUUGGGGCAGAAGCUACUGAUAGAGAAGUAAUGGACAAAGAUGAAAGUGAAGAGAUCAGUAAGGCUAUGCAAGGUGAGAAGAGGCAGUUGCCUUGCCCAGAGCUACCCUGUGAUCUGUCUAUUAAAAAUGUAGAAAUAAAAGCCAAGGAGGAUACUAAUGUCUUGAAAAAGUCCUUGGAGGCUGUGGACAGAGAAGUGCCUGAAGUAUCCAUGACAUCCUUAAUAGCCACAGAUACCUCAUCUUCAUCUGCUGAAAAAGAGAUAGUCAGAGUAGUAAAACCAGAAGCUUUUGGGAAGGAAUCCGAGCAAGAAGCUGCUUCUGUUAAAGAAAAGGAAAAACCUACUGCUGUAUUUUCAGCAAAGCUGAAUAAAUCUUCAGUUGUCGACCUCCUUUACUGGCGAGACAUUAAGAAGACAGGAGUGGUGUUUGGUGCCAGCUUGUUCCUGCUGCUUUCAUUAACAGUGUUCAGCAUCGUGAGUGUGAUAGCUUACAUUGCCUUGGCCCUGCUUUCUGUGACCAUCAGCUUUAGGAUAUACAAGGGAGUUAUCCAGGCAAUCCAGAAGUCUGAUGAAGGCCACCCGUUCAGGGCUUACUUGGAGUCUAAUGUGGCUGUGUCUGAAGAGCUUAUUCAGAAAUACAGUAAUGUUGUGCUUGGUCAUGUUAAUGGCACAGUCAGAGAGCUGAGACGUCUCUUCCUAGUUGAUGACUUAGUGGAUUCUCUGAAGUUUGCAGUGUUGAUGUGGGUGUUCACUUAUGUUGGUGCCUUGUUUAAUGGUCUGACAUUACUGAUCUUGGCUUUGAUUUCGCUCUUCAGUGUUCCUGUUAUUUAUGAGAGACAUCAGGCCCAAAUUGACCAUUAUUUGGGACUAGUGAACAAGAAUGUCAAAGAUGCAAUGGCUAAGAUCCAAGCAAAGAUCCCUGGGUUGAAGCGCAAAACUGAAUAAAAAGUCUAAAGCAACUUAUCAAUAGGAAGUUCAUCUUUUAAGGGGGAAAAAUACUCAUUUGGAUUUACAUGGGGAGGGUCAGGGCAUAGCAAACCCCUUGACAUUGCAGUGCAAUUUCACAGAUCUUUAUUUUUUAGCAACGCAGUGUUUGAGGAAAAUAACUGUUUUGACUGCCAUGUGUUUCAUCAUCUUAAGUAUUGUAAGCUGCUAUGUAUGGAUCUAAAAACUAAUCAUCUUUCUUUAUCCUGUGUGCAGCACUGGCUAAUACAAAAGAUUUGGGAAAGCUGUACAUUUUGCUUCAGCAGCAGUAGUUCCUGCUGUGUCCCAGAAGAGGUGUAGUGCAGGUGGAGUGAAGGGUGACACUUCGCAGUUUGUGCACUGUGUAUGGUCUGUGUAGGUUGAUGCAGAUUUUAUAAAGAGAUGUUGUAGAAGAAUUAUUCCAUCUUAGCAAGUUUUUGGGAAACCUUGCCUUUUUGGUAUGAGUAGAGCUGUAUUGUGAUUUUACUGUUUUAUCAAUUGCCUAUAUAUAUAUAUAUAUAUGUGUGUUUCACAAAGCUUAGAUCUUUCAGCUGUUCCACAGUGCUUGAUACUUCAGAGAACUGACUGGUUUCUGGACUAGCUCCAUAGCUCACAAGCUUGAAAACCUAAAAUGUCUCUGUAAACACUAGCAUCUGUUUAAAACAACAGGAGAGAAAUGAACAAAGGACCCUUCACAGGUAUUAAAAUUACAGCAUACACACUUUGCACAAACGUACAGUAAUUGAUCUUCAGUUAAUAAUUCUACAGUCUCUCAAACUCUGAUAAUCUGUGGACUGAAUAUCUAAUGCUGCAGAUGGUGUUUGGAAACUUAAAACCUUGUUAUGCAAGAAGUAAGUCAAAACUUCUACACUUGCAGUUUAAGCUGUAUUGAACUAAGUCUGUGGAAUGCAUUGUGAAAUGUAAAAAAGAAAAAAAUACAAAAAAAGGCGCAAAAACCCCCAAACCCCAAGUAUCAAUAAAGCUUAUAGACAUAAAAUAAUUCCGGCAUUUUGCUUUCUUGAAGCAAGUUUAAUAUAUUUGUGUUUAUUUUAAGUUCCUCAUGAUUAUAUAUAUCCAUUGUACAUGGUGGUGGAAUUACUGUGUCAGAAGUAUAAUGAUGCGUGUAGGUGGAUUUUUCGUGAUACUUUUUCUUCUGGUGUGUGCAGAGUGAAGCAUUUUGUUCAGUUCUGCAUAUGGAAUUGCUGGCCCAGUGAGGCACAGGUUGUGCAGCACAGGCUCUUGCCUCCAUGCUGAAUACUGGAGGCCCCUGUAUUGCCACUGCUGGCUGAGCCAGCAGCUCAGUGAUGCUUCAGUGCUGUGAGUUUGUUAGUGAAGUGUGAAAUGACGUUCUAGUUUCUGCUGAACAAGUGAAGAUCCUUGGUUUCUUUUCUUUUUGAGACAAUGUAUGAUGCCCUGUUUUAGACUAAAGGAGAUUGGAAAGAAAGUCACAAUCUUUUCAGGUCAACUUGUUGAAUAUGAUUUAAAGGGAUUGAAUACAUUGAAAACUUGUAUCCAAAUUUAUUUGAGACAGACCUUUUCGUUAAUGGCAUUUUGACCAUUGAAAAAUAAAUUCAUGCAUUACUAUUUUAGUUUACAAUAUAUUACAUGAUUACUUCUGAACAUUUUAUACAUAAAGUCAAACCAUAUAUAAACAUACAAAUUUUAAGUGUUUUCCUGACAGACACUAUUGCUUAAGAUAUUUUGCACCUCAGCAUUGAAUCAUUUGUUCUGCCACACAACUGGUUUGAGUUGGGAUACAAUCAGUGUGAAAGGAAGGUAAACAUUGUUACAACAUAGGCAAGGAAGGUGCUUAGUGACAUCACCACCUAACAGGGUUACAUGAUUUGAGCAAGAAAGUGUCUUUAAAAAAAAAAACCGUGCGUAGGGCCUUCUGUUGUAUCUGACAAACUGAUCUUCUGUGUAGUAAUAUAAGGCAUUAAUAAAU